GAUGUACGUUUCAACAAAAAUAGUAAUAAUCAACUAAAAGUAGAAAGAUUCAGUGCCUAAUGACAUUUAUGUGGUAGCCAUUAAAAAAAAAUAAAAACUCAACUCUAUUAAAUUCCAAAUCUACCCUUCUUCUCUUUCUUCCUCCUUCAAAUUUCAACUUUCUCUCUUUCAACGACAUCAAUGGCGAAUUCAGAGUCCUCACAAGUAAACGAAGAAGAAGAGAACAACCAGAGAAUCUCAACUCUCCAUCACCAAACGAUGCCUUCCGAGUUAACUCAAGACGAAUUCACCUCACUCUCCCAAUCAAUCGCCGAGUUCCACACAUACCAACUCGGUCACGGCCGUUGCUCAUCUCUCUUAGCUCAGCGAAUCCACGCGCCGCCGGAAACAGUCUGGUCCGUCGUGAGAAGAUUCGAUCGACCACAGAUUUACAAACACUUCAUCAAAAGCUGUUUCGUGAAGGAAGGUUUCGAGAUGCGAGUGGGAUGCACGCGCGACGUGAACGUGAUAAGUGGACUUCCGGCGAAUACAUCGAGAGAGAGAUUAGAUCUGUUGGACGAUGAUCGGAGAGUGACUGGGUUUAGUAUCACCGGUGGUGAACAUAGGCUGAGGAAUUAUAAAUCGGUGACGACGGUUCAUAGAUUUGAGAAAGAAGAUCGGAUCUGGACCGUUGUUUUGGAAUCGUACGUUGUUGAUGUACCGGAAGGUAAUUCGGAGGAAGAUACGAGAUUGUUUGCUGAUACGGUUAUUAGAUUGAAUCUUCAGAAACUUGCUUCGAUCACUGAAGCUAUGAAUCGGAACAACAACAACGCCGGUGACGGAGGAAGAAACUCUUCUUCUUCUCAGGUGAAGUAAAAAAAAAAAAACAAUUGGGGGAUUUUUAAUUUUAUUUUGAUUUGUAAUAUGUUUUUUUUUUUUUUCUUGAAUUGUAAUUUCCUCGUUUGAUUUAUGGUUAUGUUUUUUUUUUUCUUUUGAAUUCAGUCUCUCCUAGAUAAUUGGAAUGUUUUAGAAAAGUUAAAUCUAAUACUCCCUCUAUUCCUAAAA